AUAUUUCAUAUGCAGAAAAACGUGCAGUCCAAAUGUUUGAAGCAUUUCAAAGCAACUUCCUAUUCUUUAGUAAUGUUCCUUCUCAUACCGGAACGACCAACGCCUCCACCAAUCAGAGCGCUGUUUCUUCAGCAGCCGGCCAAUCACAGACAGCGCUGUUAGACGUUGACCGGAGACGAAAACAUGGCGGCUCACAGGUGUCUGUGGCGUUCAAGGAGGGAAGAAUCUCCCCAACGGAACUCUGUAGGAAGUGCUUGAAUCGCAUAAAGAAGACUCAGCGCCUGAACGCUUACAUCACCGUUAUAGAGGAGCUGUCUCUGAAACAGGCUCAACAGUCUGAAGCGAGGCUGCGUCAAGGCGUCCCGAAAGGUCCCCUGGAUGGGAUCCCCUUUGCAGUCAAGGACAAUUUCUGCACAAAAAAUAUCAGGACAACAUGUGCCUCCAAGAUGCUGGAAGGCUACACUCCACCGUACAAUGCUACAGUUGUACAAAAACUUCUUGACCAAGGGGCCGUUCUGAUGGGGAAGACUAACAUGGAUGAGUUUGCGAUGGGUGCAGGCAGUACAGACGGAGCGUUUGGUCCAGUCAGAAACCCGUGGAGCUACGCAGCUUCGUACAAAACACAAACGGGGGCAGCUCCCGACACCGAAUGGGUCGUUGCCGGAGGAAGUUCAGGGGGAAGCGCCGCAGCUGUCGCCUCGCUCACAAGCUACCUGGCAUUGGGCUCAGAUACAGGCGGUUCAACCCGUAAUCCCGGAGCGCUGUGUGGCGUUGUCGCCCUGAAGCCCACUUACGGCCUUGUGUCGAGGCAUGGCCUCAUUCCAUUGGUCAAUUCCAUGGAUGUCCCUGGGAUUAUUACGCGCAGCGUCAAUGAUGCAGCUAUUGUCCUAGGUGUCCUCCAAGGCAUUGAUGUUAGUGACUCAACCACAGUUCCUGCUCCAUCAACACUAACAGAGCUUCAUGAAGACAUUGAUGUCAGGAGCAUCCGUGUUGGCAUCCCUAAGGAGUACCAUGCCCCCGGCCUGUCUGAUGAGACCCUGGCUCAGUGGAGUCGUGUUGCAGACUUGUUUGAGAGAGCAGGAGCCCGGGUGGAGCAGGUUUCCCUCCCACACACCCAGUACUCCAUCGUCUGCUACCACGUCCUUUGCCACGCCGAGGUGGCAUCAAACAUGGCCCGAUUUGAUGGGCUGGAAUACGGCCACCGAAGUGAGAUGGAGAGCUCCACUGAGGUGAUGUAUGCUGCAACCCGACACGAGGGCUUCAACGAUGUAGUCAGAGGGAGGAUUCUUUCCGGAAACUACUUCCUGCUUAAACAAAACUACCAGCACUACUUUGUGAAAGCUCAAAAGUGCCGUCGGCUGAUUGCAGAUGAUUUCCGCCAGGUUUUCGACUCAGGAGUCGACGUGCUGCUGACUCCCACCACUCUGACUGAUGCUGCCCGUUACCAUGACUUCACACAGGAAGACAACCGCACACGCAGCGCACAGGAAGAUGUCUUCACCCAACCUGCAAACAUGGCAGGUCUUCCUGCUGUCUCUGUGCCAACUGCCUUAUCACGACGGGGUCUUCCCAUUGGCUUACAGCUUAUCGGCCCUGCCCUGGAAGACAGGAAGCUGCUGUGUGUCGCUCAGUGGAUCGAGCAGAGGGUUGGCUUCCCAUCCAUCAGUGACUGCGAUAACUCGCAGGAGAGCAGUAAUGAUGCAGGAGUGACCAAAAGGGAGCAGACUUCAGCUGCUUGAGGAAUGCUUUGGAUACUAUUGAGACUAUAACUACUGCUAAUCAUAUGUCCUUAUAGGAAGUUCUAUGUGGAGUCCAUGGAUCACAAAUUACAGAUGCUUUACAGUGAUAACGUAUAUGUAAUAAAUGUCAAAAACUGUUUAAAAAACGUGAUUCAAAUGGGAUGUUGCAUCACAUCCUAUUACUUAACGUAAUGGUCUGCCAUUCUUAUUAAACUGGCUCAUAGCUGCAGUGCCAAAGCUCUUCUAUACCGUCUGUCUUUAGAGCUCUUUUUUUCUGUGGUUGAUAAUGAAAUCCAUUAUGAGAAACUCAAUUUCUAUUCCCUUUAUGCGUGGUCUGUUUGUUUUAUGAAAUUGUUGUACAGAGCCAUUAAACAAGCUAUGAUGUUUACCUUCGGUACAUCACACAUAGAAAACAUAACUUUUAAGCCCAAAUGCUUAGAUUUUCCUUAUCUGCAGUUUAUCCUUACAUAGUUGGUUCAUUUUUGAGCCACAAUUUAGUCUUGAAUCAUGUGUCUGAUUAUUAAAACAUCAAGGUAGAAACUGAA